GCCAGCUUGUGGGCGUGAGCGGUUCUAUUUGCUGCCUGCUGGAGAAACAUGGAGCCCUUGCCGUGAGUCUGGAGAAGGGGCACAGAUACGCAGGAGAGACCGAGGAAGCCCCUUCUAGCACGUGAGAGAGGAACAGAAGGGAGUCUGUGGGAAGACCCCCCCCCUCUGCCCCCCCCCCCCCCCAAAGAGAGACUGGGAGCUGUCAGGGGCUCCCUCGGCCAAGCACCAUGCUCCUGCCUGCCUGCAAGGUUUCCCGUCAAGCACAUCAUUGCUUGUAUGCUUUAAAGUCGGUGAGAACAGAUUGUCUUUUGCCUUUGUGUGCAGCAAGAUGGGCGUCUUCUACUGUACCUCGUAUCACCACUCACUAUACUAUUCACUCCCGGGACAAAGACAAGCGAUGGGAAGGGUUGAGCAUGGAAAGAUUUGCAGAAGAAGCUGAUGUUGUUAUAGUUGGAGCAGGCCCUGCAGGACUCACUGCAGCUAUUCGACUCAAGCAGUUAGCUAGUGAACAUGGCAAAGAAAUUCGUGUAUGUCUCGUGGAGAAAGCUGCUCAGAUUGGUGCACAUAUACUUUCUGGGGCUUGCCUUGAGCCACGUGCUUUAGAAGAACUUUUCCCAGACUGGAAAGAGAGAGGGGCUCCAUUACAUACUACUGUAACAGAAGACAAAUUCGGAAUAUUAACAAAGAGCUCUAGAAUUCCUGUUCCCAUUCUUCCAGGCCUUCCAAUGACGAAUCAUGGCAAUUACAUAGUUCGUCUAGGACAUUUUGUGAGCUGGCUGGGUGAACAAGCAGAAGCACUUGGGGUUGAAGUCUACCCUGGCUAUGCAGCAGCUGAGGUUCUUUUCAAUGAAGAUGACAGUGUGAAAGGGGUUGCAACAAAUGACGUUGGCAUCCAAAAGGAUGGGGCUCCUAAGGCUACAUUUGAAAGAGGCUUGGAGCUGCAUGCCAAAGUAACAAUGUUUGCAGAAGGUUGUCAUGGACAUCUUGCAAAGCAGUUGUACAACAAAUACAAUCUACGGGAGAACUGCCAACCCCAGACGUAUGGCAUUGGACUUAAGGAGCUGUGGCUUAUUGAGGAAAAUAAAUGGAAACCAGGAAGAGUAGAGCAUACUGUUGGCUGGCCUUUGGACAGACAUACCUAUGGAGGAUCAUUUCUUUAUCAUCUAAAUGAGGGUGAACCACUAGUUGCUCUUGGGUUUGUGGUUGGGUUGGAUUAUCAAAACCCUUUUUUGAGCCCAUUUAAAGAAUUUCAGAGGUGGAAGCAUCAUCCCAGCGUACAGCCUACUUUAGAAGGUGGAAAAAGGAUUGCUUAUGGUGCCCGAGCGCUUAAUGAAGGUGGUUUCCAGUCUAUACCAAAACUCACCUUCCCUGGUGGAGUCCUUAUUGGAUGUAGUCCAGGCUUCAUGAAUGUUCCUAAGAUUAAAGGUACACAUACUGCAAUGAAAAGUGGCAUGCUAGCUUCAGAAGCCAUUUUCAACCAACUAACUGAUGAAAAUCUCCAAUCAAAAACAAUAGGACUAAAUGUGCCUGAAUAUGAAGACAGUUUGAAGAAAUCAUGGGUAUGGAAAGAGCUCUAUGCAGUCAGGAAUAUCCGUCCUUCCUGCCAUGGAGUCUUGGGGGUAUACGGAGGAAUGAUUUACACUGGCGUAUUUUAUUGGAUAUUAAGAGGAAUGGAGCCUUGGACCUUAAAACACCCAGGGACAGAUGCAAACCAGCUAAAGCCAGCUAAAGACUGCACAGCUAUUGAAUACCCAAAACCUGAUGGAAAAAUCAGUUUUGACUUGCUUUCAUCAGUGGCUCUGAGUGGUACGAAUCAUGAACAUGACCAGCCAGCUCAUCUGACUUUGAAGGAUGACAGUGUUCCCGUCAACCACAACCUAGCUAUAUACGAUGGACCUGAGCAACGAUUCUGCCCCGCAGGAGUGUAUGAAUACGUUCCUGUGGAAACUGGAGAAGGACUGCGGUUACAGAUAAAUGCUCAGAACUGUGUCCAUUGCAAAACAUGUGAUAUUAAAGAUCCUAGCCAAAAUAUCAACUGGGUUGUACCUGAAGGUGGAGGGGGGCCAGCUUAUAAUGGAAUGUAAUCUUGAUCACAAGUGAAAAAUCUCCUUGUUAAUGCUGCAGAAUCGUCCAACUUUGGGUUUUUUUUAAAAAAAAAUUAAAAAGUUAUCAGUGGUCUGAAUGGUGCCCUGUGAAGCUAGAAUUCUGUUGAAAGCUGAUCUUGGUAGUGCCUUAAACAGUCAAUAUAAAGUCAGUGUCUUCAGGUAUGUCAGCCUUAUUUGAGUGUAUUUCUCCACUGUAUCAGAGAAAGUGUGGUGAGACUAGUUAGAAUACAUUUUGGUCUGAUUUACCUAAACUUUCUGGACUUUGGUACUAUAAUAAUGGAUAUAACCAAGACUAAAAGAUAUGAAAGUAGCCAUUUAUGUAGCUAUCUUAAUAGCUAAACUGGCAAAGACUUUGAUUACAAUCUUCACUGUUAUACAAGAAACAGAAAUGAGCAAUGCUAGCUAGGGACAAUCUGGUAUAACUUCAUUUUGUUAAUAAAAAAAUUCCUUUCUCUA